UUUUCUCAGUGCAGCGGGAGCAGUAUCGGAGUCUGAAGAGUUCAGUCUCCCAACCUAAAGGAGAACAAACGAUCACAAAAUGGGUUUCGUUAAGGUUGUUAAGAACAAGUCGUAUUUCAGGAGGUACCAGGUGAAGUUCAGGAGAAGGAGAGAGGGGAAAACUGACUACUUUGCCCGUAAGCGUCUUGUCAUCCAGGAUAAGAACAAGUACAACACACCGAAGUACAGGAUGAUCAUUCGGUUCUCCAACAGGGAUAUUGUUUGCCAGAUCGCAUAUGCCAAAAUUGAAGGCGACGCGAUCGUCUGCGCUGCUUACUCUCACGAGUUGCCAAAAUAUGGCAUUGCUUGUGGACUGACCAACUACGCUGCGGCCUACUGCACCGGUUUACUGUGUGCUCGCAGGCUGCUGAAUAAGUUUGGUCUGGAUAAGGUCUACGAAGGCCAGGUUGAGGUGACAGGCGAUGAGUUUAACGUGGAAAGCAUUGAUGGCCAGCCAGGGGCUUUUUCUUGCUACCUGGAUGCCGGUUUGACUAGAACCACCACAGGGAACAAAGUGUUUGGAGCUCUUAAAGGAGCAGUGGAUGGAGGACUGUCCAUUCCUCACAGCACAAAGCGGUUCCCGGGCUAUGACUCUGAAAGCAAAGAGUUCAAUGCGGAGGUGCACAGGAAGCACAUCUUGGGUCUGAAUGUGUCCGAGUACAUGAGCCUUCUGAUGGAGGAGGACGAGGAACUGUACAAGAAACAGUUCUCCCGCUUCAUCAAGAACGGCGUCACACCUGAAUCUAUUGAAGAGAUGUACAAGAAGGCUCAUGCUUCCAUCCGUGAGAACCCUGUUCAUGAGAGGAAGCCCAAGAGAGAAGUCAAGAAGAAGAGGUGGAACCGUGCCAAGCUCACUCUGGCCCAGAGAAAAGACCGUGUGGCCCAGAAAAAGGCCAGUUUCCUCAGGGCUCAGGAAGCUGCUGCAGACGACUAAAGAAAUCAAACGUCAACGGCUCCAAAGAAAGUGUGCACCUUUUCCAAAUAAAUCAUUUGGAAAGAA